AUGUGCGGAAUCCUCGCUGUCAUCCUGGCCUCGACGUCGGCAGACGCGGGACCCGAGUUGCACCAGGCGCUGUACUACCUCCAGCACCGCGGACAAGAUGCCUGUGGUAUUGCGACGUGCUCCACAGGURGCAAGUUCUACCAGUGCAAGGGAAACGGUCUUGCCUCCAAGGUCUUCAACGAGGGCAAGAGAGUGGCCGACUUGCCCGGCUACAUGGGAUUGGGACACCUACGCUACCCGACUGCGGGAAGCUCCAACAACUCGGAGGCUCAGCCAUUCUAUGUGAACUCUCCAUACGGCAUCUGCUUCACUCACAAUGGCAACCUGAUCAAUGCUCCCGAACUAAGAGAGUACCUGGACAAGGAGGCCCACAGACACAUCAACACCGAGUCCGACAGCGAGCUGAUGCUGAACAUCUUCGCCGAUGAGCUCAACACCACCGGCAAGGCAAGAAUCAACUCUUCUGAUUGCUUCAGUGCACUUGAGAGAAUGUACACCCGGCUCCAGGGUGGAUGGGCAUGUACGGCAAUGCUGGCCGGAUUCGGACUUAUUGGGUUCCGUGAUUCCUACGGCAUUCGUCCUAUGGUCCUGGGUGAGCGUCCCUCCUCUGACGUCGAGGGUGGUAUGGACUACAUGAUGGCAUCCGAGUCCGUCGCCUUGAGCCAAAAUGGCUACAGCAACAUCAAGGACAUCCUUCCCGGCCAGGCCGUCAUCAUCGAAAAGGGCARGGCACCGGUCUUCCAACAAGUCAGCCCACAGAAGGCGUACGCGCCCGACAUCUUCGAGUAUGUCUACUUUGCGCGUCCGGAAAGCACCAUCGAUGGCAUCUCCGUCUAUCGCAGCCGGCAACUCAUGGGCUACAGCCUUGCCGAGACCAUCAAGAAGCAGCUGGGCGCAGAUGUGCUGAAAGAGAUCGACGCUGUCAUCCCUAUUCCGGAGACCUCGCUCGUUUCAGCAUACGCGGUCAGCACGCACCUCAAGAAGCCGUACUGCCAGGGCUUUGUGAAGAACCGAUACAUCUUCCGAACCUUCAUCAUGCCGUCGCAAAAGGCUCGUCAACGUGGUGUCAGAGCCAAGCUCAACGCCAUCCCGAUCGAGUUCAAAGACAAGAAUGUGCUGCUCGUCGAUGACAGCAUCGUACGCGGCACGACAUGCAGGGAAAUUGUCAACAUGGUACGCGAGGCCGGUGCUCGCAAGGUCUACUUCAGCAGUUGCGCGCCGCCUAUCACGCACGCUCACAUCUACGGAAUCGAUCUUGCAAGCCAGGAUGAGCUCAUUGCACGCCAAUGCGCCAUGGACCAGAUUGCGCAGAACAUCGGCGCGGAUGCCGUCAUCUAUCAWUCCCUCCACGACCUGGAGAAAGCAUGCGCGAAAGACAGUCCUCGCGACAACCAAAAGUUCGAAGUCGGCGUCUUCUGCGGCAAAUACGUCACACCAGUCGCAGACGGUUACUUUGAGCAUCUCGAGCGCAUUCGGGGCGAAACGAAGAAGCUGAAAGUCAUGGAGAAGGCUGUUCAAGCUGUGGUUCAUGGCACCGCUACCAACCAGGAGAUCGAGAUCGCCGCUAAUGGCGUCGAUGUUGACAGCCACGGACACGUCGUUGCUAAGAACGGUGGGGACUCCGAUGGUCAGAAACGUCGACCAGCACAGGAGGUCAAGCGUCCAGAACGCCCUGAACAUCUCAAGGAGCAGCGUGAUAGUCAGGAUGUCGCAAUUUGGAAUCAGCACGACAAUCCUCGUGAUUGA